GAGUUUGAGGAAGAAAGAGAGAGACCCACUUCAACUUUCUGCUUCUCUUCUAUUAUAUCCCAAAUCAAAAUGGUUGCUAAAACCCCACCAAAGCAGAGAAAGAUGGUAGCCCCUCUCAAUCCAGCUCUGCUCAGAGAAACAGUGAAGAAGGUGGAUAGGUGUAUGGCUCGGUUGCAGGAGCUACAGUACACUGUGACGGGUGGGACGAAGGUGAUAUCGGGAGUCAGUCUCAGCCCGAGAAGUACUAGAGGUUAUAUGAGGACUAGUCUUAGAUGCAAACAAGAAUCUGUAAGGAUAAAAAGUUUGACGCCGAGGAAAUCUCCUGUAGGGAAGUUUCCGGCAGGGAAAUCUCCAGCAAAGUCAGCAGGGGAAUGGCAAAGAAUGUCAUUGCCGGCAAUGCUGCUGAGCGAAACAGUAGGAGAGAUCCUUCAUUCAAGUCAAUUUGCAAGGGAAAUAGUAGCAUCAGUCCCCAAGAAAACAAUUUUAGAAGACCCCAAAACCCCAAUGAGCCAACAGAGGAAACAGAGACCGCCCCCUGAAAACAGGGCCAGAAGAAAACGAGAGAAGCGCGAUAAAGCUCAAUCAAACCGAUCAGAAUCAGGUUUACCAGAGCUUCAACGAGCCCGGUCUCGCAUCAACUUCAAGGUUUCACCUCCUAAGAAGAGAGAGAUAGAGAAAGAGAACACCAGAUACUUGGCAAACAGAGUUUCUCCUAAAAACAGACCAUGGGCUAAAAAGAGUGUACUGUUUCCCAACCCUUUGUUUUUGGCUACUGAUACUUCACCACCUCAGGAAAAGAAGUUCUAUAGAACAAGGUCACCGAUGAUCGGAAGAAGUAGUACUAAUAAUACUUCACCACCUCAGGAAAAGAAGUUCUAUAGAACAAGGUCACCAAUUAUCGGAAGAAGUAGUACUAAUAGUACUAAGCCACAUCAGCAGAUUCAGACUCCACACAAGUUUUUGAUCAAGUCUCCAGCUUCGGCUUCGAAGUUCCAGGUCAAGAUCAAGAGCCCUCCAUUGAUUUCUUCUCUUUCGCCAACAAAGGCCAAGAAGUCUCCGAAGAAAUCUGCUGUGUCGAAACUGCGGCGGUCAUUUUCUCCGUCAAGAUUGGCUACUAGAUUGGUGUCUCUGUCUCCACUGAAGAGCAGGAAGAGUGUGCAGAAGAGUGAGGGACUAAUAAUGCCGGGUUUGAAACAGCGUCCAACUUCCUCAAUGCCACUGGGAAUUUCAGCUAGGAGGAAUUAAACAUGAUUGAAAUAAUGAGAUUACACACUUGUAUGUAGAUUGGUUUGGAUUUUGUGAUUGUUUGCGAUAUUUUCUUGAUGUCAAUAGUUUCAUUGAUUAUUUGUUCGUGGGGUGGUGUGAGUUUUUUGUCAUGUAAUAAGGUGGGAAAAAUAAUUAGA